AUGGACCUGAUUGCAACAGUCUCGGAAAAAGACACCGUUGACUUGUGGAGGUUAAAUGGACAACGAGUUUUAGGAGCAAGUUUUGUGCGAGAGAACACGGACAUGGAAGGUGCUCAGAUGGGUGGCGGAUUUGUCAAGGCAUUGGCAUGGAGGAGGGAUGGUCAAAUUCUUGCCGUCGCGUGUGCAGACGGGACAGUUUCUCUGAUCAACACUUUCACAGGCAAGACUGCGCAUCGCUUAUCUACGCAUCUACCAGCCUCUGCGAGUGCGAGUGCGGGUUCGAGUUUUGCUUCGUCGCAGUCGCGUUCACCAAUGCGAAGCUCUAAAAGGCCAAAAUGGGCGGCUCAGUCAUCUUCUCUUCAAGCUCCACCUUCAACCGUCUCGACGAUAUCAUGGACAACGCACUUCGCGUUCCCGGCCGCCUCGGCGAUUCGCUCACGUCUCGAUGCCCCAGAUUCAAAGAUCUCACUCGACCAUAUUCUUGGGCUCAGAGCCGACGUGGACAAGCUCCUUCAACUCAAAGUCGAUCUUCCGCGCGAGCUCACCGGGAUCGAUGUCGAAAUCUCAUUGCCGAGAUUGGCGACUCUGCCCCCCCGUGGGGUGGGGGUUGAUGAUGACGUUUUUAGUUCGAGGGGUAGCGUUGAUGCCGUGUUUCAUGGUGCCGGGUCGACGGGGUCCGCUGGAGGCCCGGGUGCAGGAGGCGUGGAUGCUCUCUUGGUAGGGCUGCAGAGUGAUGGUGACGACGAUGUAGGUGGAUGUGGGGUGCACUUGAGGAUUUUUGAUUCUUUUGAAAUCGGGGCCGUGGACUUGAGUGGGUGUUUGCCUCCUGGGUUCCAAAGUGUCAGGGUGCUGAGGAUAGAAAGCCAUCCUUUGCUCUCGACGGUAUUUCUGAUCGUCGAGCAAUCGCGGCAAGACCAGGGCGGGUCUUCUUCACAACAUCUUCUCAGCUUGGAUCUGAGUUUCAUCCCUCAGACGAGCCGAAACUUGCCUCUUGGUGCGCGAAAGGCUACUCAGCUGGGCAAUCUUAUACGGUAUAUCUCGCAGGUGCAGACACAGUUGGCGUCCGAAGUCAAAGCCGCCUUCGAUCUGCCCGCCAAGUUCCUCCGCAAUAUCAACGAGUCCCUCGCUGAAGAGGACGAAAAUGCAGAUUUUGUCUACGCGGCCCACCACCUCGCUGUCACGGGCGACUGCGACCCCAGGCUUAAGGAGUGGUUGGUUGACGAGGUUGGGGAGCGAGGACUCAAGAGAUGGGAGAAAACCGUGGGAGACUGUCUGGAUGUGGUUCGCAGAAUGACGGGUGAAUGUCUCCUUCCCGCGCUGGAGAGGUGUCUGGUUGUUUUGUCUCGACUCGGUGGACUCGCCAGAUUCGGGGUGACAAGUUCAAGAUUGGGACUGGAUGAAAAACGUGUCAGUGGAGUCAGGGAGACGGUCGACGCGUUGGGAAUUCUGGGGGAGGAUUUACUCAUCGAUGUUGGCGUCGAGAUCAAGGAGUUCACCGCAUUUAUCAAGUGGUUGAAGUGGGAGUGCGAAGUCGAGGCCCUUGAGGAAGGAAGUGAGAAAGCAGAGGAGCUGAGGGAGUCAUGGACGGGAGAAGGGGAGUUGAGGACGGUGCUCGACUAUGUGGGUGGUGCAAUGAAGGAGACUCGACUGAAAAGAUAUAUUGGAGAUGGAUCAGCUACGGGCCCCGAUAAAGAUGCCGACGUGGGAUUCUACGCCGACUUCACGACACGACGAGCCAAUGGAAAUAAAGACAAAAGAAUGCCGACUUUGGGUGAAUUGGUCGAGAGAAUGCAGAAGCAAUGUGACGCCGUCUUUGCACAAAUCGCGGAGAACUUCAGAAAGAGUAUCCUCGCCACAUAUGUGUCGCAGUUGCCAGGGAGCGGUGGAGGGAAUCUGGAUGUUCGAAUUAUUCCCGAUGAGAACGAUGUCAAUCUGUACCGUCUCUUUACUCUGUCAAAGGAUCAACGAGAAAAAGGCGCUCUUCGACAGGCAUGGGUCACGUUACGGCAGGAUGGUGGAAAGAGCCUCAAGUUUACGACGAGUGGGAGUAUCACACCAAAGAUUGAUGACGUGGAAGAGAUCCUGGAUGCCAAGUUUGUCGACGACACGGUGUUUCUCCUUCUCGCUGCCACGACGAAAGCUGAUGUGAGGAUAUACUCGUACAUCGUAACAACGGAGAUCGAAGAUCAGGUUUGGGAUCUUCGGCAUAUCUUCGAGGAAGGGAGGAUGGACGCCGGAAUGAAGCCAGCCAGGCUGGAUGUAAACGGACGGGUUGGAAGGAGAGUGGUCACUGUGGUUGAUGACGCUGGCAUGGGGUAUGUUGUGCUGGAUUUGGAUGCUGAUGUGGAUGUCGAUGGUGGGGACGAAGUUAUGACUGGUUAA